AUGGUCAACCCCACCGUGUUCUUUGACAUCGCUAUGGAUGGUGAGCCCUUGGGCUGCAUCUCCUUUGAGCUGUUUGCAGACAAAGUCCCCAAAACAGCAGAGAACUUCUGUGCUCUUUCUGGGAAGAGAGAAUUCAGUUACAAAGGUUCCUGCUUCUACAGGAUUAUCCAGAGAUUUAUGUGUCAGGGUGGUGACUUCACAUGCCAUAAAUGCACUGGUGGCAAAUCCAUCUACAGGGAGAAGUUUGAUGAUGAGAAUUUCAUCCUGAAGAACACAGGUCUUGGCAUCCUGUCCAUGGCAAAUGCUGGACCCAACAUGAACGGUUCCCAGUUUUUCAUCUGCACCACCAAGACUGAUUGGUUGGACGGCAAGCAAGUGGUGUUUGGCAAGGUGAAGGAGGGUAUGAGCAUCGUGGAGGCCAUGGAGCACUUUGGGUCCAGGAAUGGCAAGAUGAGCAAGAAGAUCACCAUUGCUGACUGCAGACAAAUCUGA